AGAGGAGGUGGUAGAGGGUUAAACUCCACUACCCCAAGCAACUCCCCGACCCCCCAUCGACACUCCCCUUCUUGACCCCCCGUCUUCACUUUGCACCGGCUGAGUCACGCACACUAAGGCUCUGCCUUUGCCACCCACGCGUACUCGAACGCACCUCGGCUCCGACGCCAAACACCACCGAUCUGGCGGCCCACCACCGACAACCACAACCUUUGACUCGCUCGUUGCCCCAUCGCCGACUUUUACACCAAUGUCUUCGCAAGCUCUCCAGCCAGCGACUGCACAGAACCGCGGCACCCAGCCGCGCCGCCAGGGCAACAACAAGUCAAAGGGCAACCCGCGCGGUGGUGGGAACAAGCCCGGACUCGCCAUGGACGACGGCGACGACCCGGCCGCUUGGCUCGGUUUCUCGCUGCCCCCGCGCUCUGGCGACCACGGGCACAGCCACGGCCCCGCCGGCCCUCCGCGCCGCAGCAAGCGCGGCGACGCGUGGCGCGGCUCGGUGCUCACCCGCGAGAAGUUUGUCAACGCCAGCUACCGGUUCGCCCUCAAGCCCAACGAGGCCGUCAGCUACGGCGCGCACUUUGCCGACCCGGACAUUGCGCUUCACUGGCCGAACAUUCUGCAGAUUCUGGUGCCUACAUUCUCGAGCUACUCGAUCGCGCAGGGCUAUGUCUCGACCGACGCGGACGAGGACAACGGCGACCAGGGCGAGGACGCGAGUGCAAGGCGCCAGAGGAUGGAGGAAGAGCGGCAAGGCAGAUCGUGCCCCAUCUGCUUGAGCAAGCCUGUUGCUGGACGCAUGACCAAGUGUGGACACAUCUUCUGCUUCCCGUGCAUUCUCCACUUUAUCCAGCUGUCGGACGUGCCCAAGUCGGCGUCGUGCCCCAUUUGCGGCGACACGAUUCACGAGGGCAUGCUCAAGAGCGUGCGAUACUUGGACGCCGAGACGAUGGUCAAGGCGGCCGAGGGCGAGGACCUGCCGGAUGAGACUGCGAGCUCGUCGGCGUCGACCACGGCGACCGACUGCGAGAUUGCGCGAGAGGCGCGGUUGAUCGACAGCGAGCCGGCGACGCGCUCGGGGAGCCACCGCAUCCACAUGCGUCUGCUUCAGCGGCCGCAGAUGACGACCAUGGCUCUCCCGCCGACAGCGACUUGGCCGUCCGACGCCAUCCCGCCUCUCACCGCGCCUUGGCACUUCCUCCCUGACGUGCUCACAUACUCGCGCUUCAUGCUCGCGUCGCCCGACUAUAUGAUGGGCGAGCUGCAGCGGGAGCUGGAGGAGCUCAAGGGCGAGUGGGAUAUGCUCGCGGGCGACGACCUUGGCCGCUCUUUCGUCAAGAGCGCCAAGGACAAGGUCGAGCGACAGAUCGGCAAGGUCAGGGCUGAGCUCAUGACGGAGCUUGUUCGACACAACGAACGCGAGUCUCGCGAGGCGUGGGGCGAGGCCGUCGGUGGCGAGAGGCUGGAACGCCAGCGACGUCGCGAGCGGGAGCGCAGGGCGAGGGAGCGUGAGGAGCGGGAGAGGGAGAAGGCAGCGAGGGAGCAGAAGGCCAAGGACGACGCCGAAGUUCCGGUCGAGUUCCUCGCGGCGACAGCCGGAGCAAACUACGCCGGCCCGACGGUACAUGUUCCCGCCAACGUUACUGUUGAGCCCAACCCCAUGCCGGCCAAGCGCAACAAACGGAGGCCUCUAGGUGGUGCGGCGCCUGCCGCUCCGCCAACACCACCGGCGCAGUCCUACUAUUUCUACCAGUCGUCUCUCGGCGCCAACGUCUUCCUCAACCCCCUCGACAUUCGCAUUCUCCUCGCCCACUUCCAAUCCUACUCGCUCUUCCCGGCGCAGAUCUCGUUCACAACGACGGGCUACGACUCGGCCACAGUCAACGACGACCUCCGCAGGCGGUGCAAGUAUCUCUCGCACCUGCCUGUCGGAACCGAAGUCGUGUUUGUCGAGGCCGACCUCUCCAGCAUUGUUUCAGCCGAGACGCUUGCUCAGUUCGAGCAGCCACUCAAGGCUCGUCGCAACAAACGUCGCGACCGCACGCGUCGGGAGGACCGCGACAAGCGGCGCUGGGAGGAAGCCGAGCGUGCCAAGCGCCCUGCAGAGAUGCACACAGUGGCGUCGGCGCUCGCCCCGCCUACGUCUCCCGGGGCAGUCACCGACCGCGAUCUGGCCCUUGCACUCGCCGCGUCCAUGGACACGACCUUGUCGCGAUCGCCGGAACUCGGCACGUCGCCCGUUGCAGCCGGCUCGUUUGCGUGGGCUGUGCACUCGCGCACAACUGCCAGCGCGCCGCAAACACGCACCGACCGGGACAAUAUGCGGAUAGUCGAGGAGGCGUUGGCGUUUGACCAGCUCGACGAGGCCGAGCCCGCUACCGGCGGCGGCAAGAAGAAGAAGGGCGGCAAGAAGGCCAAGAAGAUUGUUCUUGGUGGCGCUGGACGGCAGGCGUAGGCGGAAGGUGGGACUUUGAAUCGGACACCAAAGCAGACAGCAGAAGAAGAAGAACAAGACAUAACAUCAAAGCAUCCACGGCAUCGAAACCUCCAUAAAUCACAAACCUGUAGUGUUGAGCAUGGCAUGUAGAGUAGAC